UCCAACGGGACAAAGCUAAAUAAAUUGUAAUUUUUAUGAGUGUGAAAGUCUAAUUGUAUUUGGUGUGCGAAUUGCAUCAUAAAGAUAAUAAUACAGAUAAGAAUAAACUUAUUUAAAAAGAGUGGGAACUUGAACUUGAAGUUGCAAAAAUAUUAUUAUAUUCACUGAUAAUUCACUGAGUGCAUUGAUAUCAUCUCGAUUUUCAUCUAAGCGACUUGUUUUUAGUGACUAAUUGUUGUUGCAAUGAGCUCUUGGAAAGAUAGUAAAGAAAUCGAAAUAUUUCGGGAAUAUCUGCGAAUACCAAGUGUACAUCCAGAUAUAGACUAUGCACCCACGGUGGAGUUUCUGAAAAAACAGUCCAAUGACCUAGGAUUGCCAAUUGCGGUGCUUCAUCCCGCCAGUGUGGAGAAGCCAACAGUUGUAAUUACGUGGGUGGGGCAACAGCCGGAACUACCUACCAUUAUGUUGAACUCACACAUGGACGUGGUGCCAGUUUAUGCCGACAAGUGGAAACAUCCACCUUUUGCUGCCGAAAUCGACGAGGAAGGUCGUAUAUUUGCACGCGGGUCGCAGGAUAUGAAAUGUGUGGGCAUGCAAUAUCUGGCAGCCAUACGUGCGCUGCGUAAAAACGGCGUCACACUGAAACGCACAGUACAUGUAACAUUCCUACCAGACGAGGAAAUUACUGGUCCAAUGGGUAUGAAGGCCUUUCUGCAAUCUGAAGACUUUAAAAAACUAAAUGUUGGCUUCUGUUUCGACGAAGGCAUUGCAUCUGCCGAUGAGACAUUUCCAGUUUUCUAUGCGGAAAGAAGUCUUUGGCAUGUACAUUUCAUAAUUAGUGGCAAUGCCGGGCACGGUUCGCUGUUGCACAAAAAUACGGUAGGCGAAAAGUUGAACUAUAUUCUGAGUAAAUUGUUUGAGUUUAGACAACACGAAGUCGAUCGUUUGGAAAAAGAUAAAUCUUUGCAACUUGGCGAUGUCACGACCAUCAAUUUAACCGUUGUAAAAGGUGGUGUACAAAGCAAUGUGGUGCCACCGGUUAUGGAAGCUGUUUUCGAUAUGCGUUUAGCGUUGAAUGUAGACCACGAUGUUUUUGAUAGACAGCUCAAAGCGUGGUGCGAAGAAGCUGGCGGUGGUGUGGAAAUCGUAUAUGAGCAAAAAGAGCCGCAGGUUGCGGCUACAAAAAUUGAUAACUCCAAUCCAUACUGGUUGGCAUUUGAGAAAACUAUGAAAGAUUUAAACCUUAAAAUCCAACCACUUGUGUUUCCUGCCGGCACAGAUAGCUAUUAUAUACGCGGAUUGGGCUUGCCCGCCAUAGGUUUCUCGCCUAUAAAUCAUACACCCGUGUUGUUGCAUGAUCACGAUGAAUUCCUGCAAGCGGACGUCUACUUAAAGGGCAUUGAAAUUUACAAAAACGUUAUAUCGGCUGUUGCUAAUGUUGAAAAAUAAAAAAAUAACUGCAAUUCUAA